AUGUCUGAUAAUCUAUCAGAACCAGAGCAAGAGGAGGCACUGAGCAAGUCCGAUGAUGAGGACUCUUACGACUCAGGCGCAUAUUAUCCUAACAAUGACUCCUUGUCUGGACCUGGGGCUGACCCUAAGGUCGGGGUGGAUGACUCCACCCUCCUUGAUCCUCAGGGUGAACCACUCUUUGACCCAGACAGCCUGCAGCAUCCGAGAUCUUCAGAGUGGUACCCAUUGGAUCCUGUGGCAGAAUACAUUGCCGCUUGCUUUGGAAAACUGCUUGACAAGGUUGCACAGAGAAAACUCAGUGCAGAAUGCCCACGACCUAAUCUCCCCGCUAUGGCAUGUACCACACCGGACGUGGAACCAAAAAUCACCCAAUUUGGGGCAAAACAGGGUGGAAGGCCAAAAAAGGCCUGGACUUUUCCUUGCGGAACUGUCAGGAUAAAAUCCUGGAUGUCUUGGGACCAAUUGCGAAAAUUUUCGACAUGGUCAAGAUAGCCUUAACAGGUGAGGGGGUGGAUCCAACGAUCCAUAUGUUUGCUUUGUAAUGCCAAUACGGCAUUAGCUAUUGGCAGGCGCAAGACAAUACUCCUAAAAAUAGAACCUAAGGUAGUGAAUCUAGCUAUCUCAGAGCCUGGACCACAGGCAAAAGGCCUCCUAUUUGGAGACAACUUUGAGAAGGAGUUAGGCACAUACCUAAGGGCCUUUAGGACACUUGAUAAGGCGCAAGUUCUCCCAGAAAAUUCCUCCCGGGGUUCAUACCGGGUUUCCAGAGGCUCUGAUCACGCCAGGUUUCAAACACCUGAGCCCAAACCCAAUUAACCGGUUUUCAAGGUCAAGGUAGACCUUGGCAGUCUCGCAGACCCAGAAGUUACUCCUAUGGUAGACGGCUUUAUGGUAAGUUCAAUUUCAUGCCACUUGCCUACAGUGGCGCAGGUUACCUCAGAUGCCUAGGCCCUUCAAACAGUCCUGGAUUAUUCCAUAGAUUUCGUACAAUACCCUGUUCAGAGGUUUUUACCCAACCGCAUCGUGUUCUCAGCAUAUGACCGGCACCUGGUGUCGCAAGAGAUACAGUUCCUGGCAUCUAAGGACGAUAUUUCAGAAAUUCACCCCAAACCCCAGGUUUCCUGAACAACCCCUUCCCAGUCCCGAAGAAAGGUGGGGUCAUCAAUCUACGACCUCUAAAUGCUUUUGUCACAUAUUACCAUUUCAAGAUGGGGGGUAUUCACGCUCUUCGAGACCUGCUCCUUUUAGGAAAUUGGAUGGUCAAAAUCGACUUACAGGAUGCAUACCUCACCGUUCCGAUGGCCAAGGACUCCCAGCAAUUCCUGCAAUUUCAGUGGGAAAAGACCAUGUGGUGAUUCAAUUGCCUUCCAUUCGGUCUCUCUUCUGCCCCAUGGUGCUUCACAAAACUACUGAAACCAGCAGUGGCCCUUCUGCACAGAAGAGGAGUUCGCCUCAUAAUAUACUUGUACGAUAUCCUUGUAAUGGCACAGGACCCUCACAUGCUCCACGUACACCUGGCCUAGGCGAUGACUCUCAUGAGCAACCUAGAUUUCCUUCUCAACUGGGAAAAGUCGGUCUUCAAACCUUCUCAAUCCAUAGAAUUCCUGGGAUUCACCAUAGAUUCCUUGUCCGGGGCACUCUUACUACCACACUCCAAGAUCAAGUCCAUCAAGAAAGAGAUCCGUUGGAUGCUAGCCUGUCCUGUUCUGAUCUUGAGACAGCUGGCCAGGAUCAUUGGCCUUCUCUUAGCAUCGACUCAUGCCAUUUUCCCGGCCAGCUCCAUUACAGAGCACUUCAACAACUGAAAGCCAAACGCCUUUGUUUGGAUCAUUCUUAUACAGACUCUCUUCCUCUUGACUGCACAGCCAAAGAAGAACUUCAAUGGUGGCUACAACACAUGGAGGUGUGAAACGGUCAAGCAAUAUUUGGAACUGCUCCGGAUUUCAUCAUAGAAUCGGAUGAUUUCCCGGGGGGGAAAUGGUCCCUGGAAGAACAAGGAAUGCAUAUCAAUUGCCUCGAACUGCUGGCAGGGUCAUUUGCCCUAAGGAGCCUCUUGGGUGUAUCAACCAAUUGAUCAAUACUUUUAUGGAUGGACAACAUAUCAGUGGUCAGGUACAUCAACCACAUUGGGGGCACGAAGUCAACAAUUUUGGCAAUCCUAGCAACGUAAUUCUGGCAAUUCUGCCUGGAUCGCAAUAUAUCUGUGCAAGUGGAGAACAAUCCGGGGAUGUCCAGCCUAGUGGAGUAUUGGAUCUCCAGAUACUUACAGGAUUCCAGCGAUAGGCGGCUGAACCCUUCCGUUUUUCUCUGUUUGCAGUCUCUUUGGGGCCCUCUGGAGAUUGACCUAUUCGCAUCACGGUUGAACUCCCAACAACUGAGUUUUUUCAUCUUGAAAUCAGAUCCAGAGGCUCUUGCAGCAGAUGCCUUCCGGCAAACAUGGCCGAAUAUUUGCCAUUACGCUUUCCACCCUUCUAUCAUAGCUCGGACACAUCUACAGCUCAGGCGUUAUCGGACCUCCUUGAUCCUCAUAGCCCAUUCUGGACAGCUACGCCAUGGUUCCCUACACUCAUGGAAAUGUCCAUAGACUACCCUAGAUUGCUCCUGGUCUUCUCCAACCUAUUGCUGGAUCCCAACGGGAACCCACAUCAACUUCUCCUCCAGGCUAUUAGCAUGGCUCCUUUCCGGAGACUCUGUUAUGUCACUAACGUUCCAAGAACAACUUUGGACCUCCUGGCGGGAGCUUUGGCCCCAGAAACAAGGAAAUCCUAUGUCCAUGCCUGGAACUUGGUGUGUGGAACAACACGUGGAUCCCAUAUCUGCACCUGCGAGUCAUGUUUUUAGUUUCCUCACUUCACUUUUGACCACGGACUAGCAUACCGUACAAUCAAUAUAUAUAGAUCAACCAUCUCGGCAGGCCACCAGGGUUGGAACGGAUUUCCAGCAGGUAAACAUCUUUGGUAUGUCAACUCCUUCGUGGCAUCAGAUUUACACGUCCUCCCCGUUCUAAAUAUUUCUCCUUAUGGGAGGUAGAACUUGUCCUUCGACUAUUUGAAAAUUGGCCUCAAAAUAAAGAUCUUUCGUUCAAGCAGCUCUUGGCAAAAUUAGUCAUGUUGUUUUAUCUCAUCUCUUGCAAACGUGUCUCAGACGUUUGUGCACUGGACAUUACAGCACGCUCCUUUACUCCAGAUGGCAUCUCCUUUGACAUUUCAAGGCGUACGAAAACAUCCAUUACCUCGGUCUUUUACCCAGCUCUUCCAUAUAAUGUUAAUCUCUGCCCAGUGGCCUGUCUCAAGGAAUAUGAGAAGUCCUCUUCAGUACGUGAUCCUCAAUAUGCUGAUUUAUUUCUAGCUUUCAACCUGUUUCUACAAUUACCUUAUCUCGUUGGGUCAAAUGGAUCAUGACGUCUGCUGACAUCGACACUUCCAUAUUUGGAGCACACUCUGUUUGAAGCGCUACGGCAUCUAAAGCCUUAGGCUGCAGGCUGGAAGACCUCCUCCAUGCUGCUGGUUGGUUCCGGGGAUCUACUUUUCGGGAAUUCUAUUUUCGUCCAGUUCUUCAAUUUUCCACUACGGUGGUUGCACAGCUUUGAACGAGCAUAAAAUGAGCCUCCGUGUCCUUUAAUUAAAUUACCAGAUUUUUCUAAUUUCAUGACGUAAAGUCAUGAUUUUUUUAAAGACACAGAGGCAAGUAUUAUACCACCCGAUACAGGUAUGUUACAUCCUUUCCCAGGGUAUAUGUAUUAUUUUUAAAAGAAGUAUGCAGUCUUCAUAGUAUUGUUGUUGUUCACCAAAUUGACUCAUUUCUAUUGACGUUAUUGUUGACGAAUCGGAUAUACUGUUAUGAUAAUUGAUACUUUGUGGAUAGGAUUCCAGGAGCAUAUUUUACCACUUAUUUCUCUGUCUUUUCAGCCUCCUAGUUGGUUUCACACUAGUCCACAUCGGUUCUUAACAUGUUCAAUCAGAGGAUUGCAAGUUUUCCACAAAGUUCCAUUGUCGGAUCAUGCGGGAGUCGCUGUCCUUCGCAUCUAG